CAUGACUUCCGGUGCUGUCGAGUGCCUCGUCACCGGCGGCGCUGGAUUUCUGGGACGCAACAUUAUCCAAACUCUGCUCCAAAAGCAUCCGGAUUGGAGAAUUACCGUUCUGGAUCUGGCUUCACCGCCGGAAGAGGCCAUACAGCAACAACAACAGCAUUGGCAGCGUACCGUCGUCGGCUGGCUCCAUGCUGACAUUACCUCCGCUGACAGUGUACAAGCUGCCUUUCAGAACUAUCGCCCGGAUAUUGUCUUCCACUGUGCCGGUAUUGUCCCUGCUCGAGAUCUCCGAUACAGCAGAGACAGCAAGCAGUGGGAAAAGGUCAAAGCGAUUAAUUACCACGGCACUGUCAAUGUCCUUCAGGCCACUCUCGAGACUGGUUGUCGCAAGUUUGUCUAUACCAGCAGUUGUACUGCUGUUAUUGAUGACUUGGACCAUGAUUAUUACAAUAUGAAUGAGUCUAUUCCGCUGGGGCGUGCCACUUUGCAUUAUGGCAAAUCUAAGGCCAUGGCUGAGCAGUAUGUGUUGUCGCCGGAGUAUGCUGCCCAGGGGUUGAAGGCAUGUGCUCUGCGGCCUUGUACCAUUAUUGGGCCGGGAGAUAUUGCAGUCAUCAGCCUGAUACAUGACCUGAUUACCAAGGGCGAGACGUAUUUUGUGGUGGGAGACGGCAACAAUUUGUACGACUUCAUGUACAUUGACAACGCCGUCCAAGCACAUAUCCUCGCAGCAGAAAAUCUCCUAUCGACGCAGACCGCAGCCGGACAGGCAUUCUUCAUAUCCAACCAAGAACCCGUAUACUUCUGGGACUUUUUUUCGGCCAUUUGGGCUCAAUUUGGACAUGUACCACGCUUCCGCGUCUUCGUACCCUUGUGGCUCGCAUGGAUGGUCGCAUUCGUCCUGGAAAUUGUCACAUUUGUGACUGGAGCAGCCCAAACUCUCGACACUGGAAGCGUCAAAGAUGCAGUCCGAACCCACUUUUCUGACAACACCAAGGCCAUUGAGAUUCUCGGAUAUAGGCCGACAGUGGGUCUUGCUGAAGGUUUGCGAAUGUGGUGUGAUGAUUAUCGAGCCUAUUUGGACCACCAUAAGCAAAAACCACAGGAGCAACAGAAGAAGCAGCAUCUUACAUGAGAAACAAUAGAAUCAAUACGAUUUUUGUUUUGUUUUUGUUUUUCACAGGAAAAAAACCUUUGAUCACUACCUGUCUUUCUGCUGGAUUUGGGUCUGGGCAUAGAAAUAGAAAGAGAUGGAUGGCAUGAUGUUUGACUUGCAAGUGCGGCUUUUCGGAAAAGAAGUUAAAUCACUACAUACCUUAGGUGCGUACCUACGAGUGCAAUCAGACCACCGGUUACCUUAUCUACUAUUAUUCGAAACUGUCAGCG